CUCUGUGAAUGCGGGCGCAUGUCAAUCACCCGCGCUCAUGUGAUGGCUCUUGCCAAUGACGUGCCAGCCAUAUGGCCUGGCAUCAUAACUGGUAUGUAACCCACCCAGCCCUGGUAGAGGAUGCCACACUACUGUCUCUGUGCGUUUGGGGUAGGGAUAGCACAGCGAAGAAGCAUCAAGCUAGGCUACAGCCGCACCUAUUGGAGUGUCCGUGCAGGAGGGGUGUGGACUUGGACUGGCCACCCGGAGAUGGUGUAAACAAACGCGCUUUCGCCCCUCACCGAGCUCCAAGACGGCGUGCCACCAUGUUGACAAGGCUAUUCAGCGAGGUUCUGCCGGAUGUCCAGAAGCUCUCGGGUUGGGUGGACGACAGCGAGGGCGAGGACUCCAAAACCAAGGAGGACGACCUGGGUCACCUGGAAGACGACGACUUGGAUGACGGCGACGCCAGAGAGGGAAGCAGCCGGGAUCAGUCCGAGAUGGCUGGGGAUGACGACGACGACGACGAUGACGUCGACGAUGAGGACUGCGGGGAUGAGAACGAGGGGGGAGACAAGCCCAAAAAGCGCGGCCCAAAGAAACGCAAGAUGACGCCAGCAAGGAUUGAGCGCUCCAAAGUGCGGCGUCAAAAAGCCAAUGCACGAGAGAGAACGCGCAUGCACGAUUUGAACUCUGCACUGGACAAUUUGCGUAAAGUAGUCCCAUGUUAUUCCAAAACGCAAAAACUCUCCAAGAUAGAGACGCUGAGACUGGCUAAGAAUUACAUUUGGGCGCUCGGAGAGAUAUUGCGCAAUGGUAAAAGGCCAGAUGUGGUAUCCUACGUGCAGACACUGUGCAAGGGCCUAUCCCAGCCCACCACGAAUCUAGUUGCUGGUUGUCUGCAGCUCAACUCUCGGAACUUCUUGACAGAGCAGUGUCCUGACGGGGCCCGGUUCCAUGUCCCCAACUCCUCUUUCUCCGUGCACCCUUACUCCUACCCGUGUCCCCGUCUGUCUAGCCCUCAGUGCCAACCCGGCUCCAGUGGGCAUAUGAGGACCCAUAACUACGGCUAUGGCGACGCGGUCUACCCAGGGGCCGUCUCCCCGGAGUACAGCAGCCCUGACUACGAGGGCCAUCACAGUCCGCCUGUGUGCGUCAACGGCAACUUUUCCGUGAGGCAACAGGAGUCUGUGUCACCGGAUGCAGACAGGAACUAUCACUAUGCUAUGCACUAUUCUGGACUGUCUGCAUCUCGGGCACCUGCUGCCCACGGCCUAGCGUUCGGCCCCUCAGGAGCGCGCAGCGGUUCCGCGCACUCUGAAAACGUGCCGCCGCCGUUUCAUGACGUUCACUUACACCAUGAAAGGGCGCCCGUGUACGAGGAACUGAACGCCUUCUUUCACAACUGAAUCCUCCAAAACCCGAACAAAACUAGCGGACCCCUAAAUACCCAAAUGACAAUCCUAAUGGUAUAAUAGUCUACCCAUUUUGACACUGGAUGAGGUUUUUAGAGGAUGGGAGAUGAGGUGGCAGGAAUUGAGAGAAAAAGCCCUAUAUUGUCAAUGUUGGUCCUCUGUUUUAUUGAUGUCAUUCCUGAACUAUCAUCAUGUACAUUUUAAGGUGUGUCAGAAAUCAAUAUCUCCAAUCAAAUGUCGACCUGUAUGCAGAAUAUGAGUGCAAUCAAAACAAAUGAUGUAUAGGCCUACAUGAACGAAACAUGCUAUGAUGAAAAAAAAAUAAAACGAUAUUUUAUAACUGUCUGA